CGAACAAAUAUUUUACUGUAAACAAUUGCAACAUUACAAAAUAGAAGAAGACAGGAUAACAGUGAGUAAGGGUCGGGUUCACGCACGGCAGCUCACUUGUCAGUCGUCUCCCAGCAAGGAGGAGGAGGAGGUCGACGGAGGCGAGUUAGGAUUAUUGGGGCCUCCUAGUAAGCACAAAUUUGUUGCCAAUAUGGCAAUAGAAAGCAAAGCACCCUUGCGGAGUGUCCGCAGGGUGCAGUUUGGUAUUCUGAGCCCGGACGAAAUUCGGCGUAUGUCGGCAACAGAAGGUGGAAUAAAGUACGCUGAAGUUUAUGAGAAUGGAAGGCCCAAGCUUGGAGGGCUCAUGGAUCCACGACAGGGCUGUUUGGAUAGGAACACCCGCUGCACUACAUGUGCCGGCAACAUGACGGACUGCCCUGGACAUUUUGGUCACUUGGAGCUUGCCAAGCCUGUUUUUCAUGUUGGUUUUUUAACAAAAACGAUGAAGAUUUUAAGAUGUGUGUGCUUCUAUUGCAGCAAACUUCUCUUCAAUGCGCAAUAUCCCAAAAUACGUGAGAUUGUGACAAAGUCCAAAGGGCAGCCCCGAAAGCGACUUCAGCAUGUGUACAAUUUGUGUAAAGGAAAAAUGAUUUGUGAAGGUGGAGAUGAAAUUGAUGUUAACAAGGAUCCAGAUGAUCCCACCAUGGCAAAGAAAGGAUCAGGCCAUGGUGGUUGUGGUCGAUAUCAACCAAACAUUAAACGAGUUGGUUUGGAACUUGUAGCAGAGUGGAAGCAUGUAAAUGAAGAUACCCAAGACCGAAAGCAGAUCCUCACUGCUGAGCGUGUAUAUGAGAUAUUCAAGCAUAUAACUGAUGAGGAAUGCUACUUACUAGGAAUGGAUCCCAAAUAUGCCCGACCUGACUGGAUGAUCAUGACAGUAUUACCUGUGCCACCUUUGCCAGUACGGCCAGCUGUAGUCAUGCAUGGUUCAGCUCGUAAUCAAGAUGACUUGACUCACAAAUUGGCCGAUAUUAUAAAGGCCAACAAUGAACUUGUGCGCAAUGAACAAGCUGGAGCAGCUGCUCACAUCAUAGUGGAAAAUUUGAAGAUGCUUCAGUUUCAUGUGGCUACUUUAACAGAUAAUGAUAUGCCUGGAAUGCCUAGAGCCUUACAGAAAUCUGGAAGACCACUAAAAGCUAUCAAAGCUCGCCUUAAGGGCAAGGAAGGGAGGAUUCGUGGUAACCUCAUGGGAAAACGUGUAGAUUUUUCUGCCAGAACUGUUAUCACUGCAGAUCCCAAUCUACGUAUUGACCAAGUUGGAGUACCUAGAUCCAUUGCCCAGAAUCUUACAUAUCCAGAAAUUGUAACACCAUUCAACAUGACAAAAAUGAUGGAGCUUGUGAAGCGUGGUAACAACCAGUAUCCUGGAGCAAAGUACAUUGUACGUGACAACGGGGCUCGUAUUGAUUUACGCUAUCAUCCAAAGCCAUCUGAUCUCCACCUUCAGUGUGGCUACAAAGUUGAGAGGCAUAUCACAGAUGGUGACUUAGUCAUUUUCAAUCGUCAGCCCACUUUGCAUAAAAUGUCUAUGAUGGGACACAGAGUUAAGGUAUUGCCUUGGUCAACCUUCCGAAUGAACUUGUCAGUAACAUCACCAUACAAUGCUGAUUUUGAUGGAGAUGAAAUGAACUUACAUGUGCCCCAGAGUAUGGAGACUAGAGCUGAAAUUGAGAACUUGCACGUGACCCCCCGAAUGAUCAUUACCCCACAGGCCAACAAGCCUGUGAUGGGUAUUGUACAGGACACCCUGACUGCUGUCCGGAAAAUGACCAAGCGAGACGUAUUCUUGGAAAAGUGCGAGAUGAUGAACUUGCUGAUGUUUUUGCCAAACUGGGAUGGACGCAUGCCCCAGCCAGCCAUCCUCAAGCCCAAGCCAUUAUGGACAGGGAAACAGUUGUUCUCACUCAUCAUUCCUGGUAAUCUUAACCUAGUCAAGACCCAUUCUACCCACCCUGAUGAUGAAGAUGAUGGCCCUUACAAAUGGAUCUCCCCUGGUGAUACAAAGGUCUUGGUGGAGCAUGGAGAGUUGAUCAUGGGCAUUUUGUGCAAGAGAACACUUGGUGCUUCGUCUGGAUCCAUGUUGCACGUUGCCUGGAUGGAAUUGGGACACGAAAUUGCUGGCAGAUUUUAUGGCAACAUCCAGACUGUUGUUAAUAAUUGGCUACUUCUAGAAGGUAUGAGUAUUGGAAUUGGAGAUACUAUCUCUGAUCCUGCUACCUACCGAGUCAUCCAAGACACCAUUCGCAAAGCUAAGGAGGAUGUGAUAGAAGUGAUCCACAAAGCUCACAAUGAUGAACUUGAACCUACUCCUGGUAACACACUCAGGCAGACCUUCGAAAAUCAAGUGAAUCGUAUCCUGAAUGAUGCUCGAGAUAAAACUGGUUUAUCUGCCAAGAAGUCAUUGACAGAAUAUAAUAAUUUAAAGGCUAUGGUGGUAUCUGGUUCUAAAGGUUCCAAUAUUAACAUUUCACAAGUUAUUGCUUGUGUAGGGCAACAGAAUGUUGAAGGGAAGAGAAUUCCAUUUGGCUUCCGUAAGAGAACACUUCCUCACUUCAUCAAGGAUGACUAUGGUCCGGAAUCUAGAGGAUUUGUGGAAAAUUCCUACCUUGCCGGCCUAACUCCCUCUGAAUUUUAUUUCCAUGCUAUGGGUGGUCGUGAGGGUCUCAUUGAUACAGCUGUGAAAACUGCAGAAACAGGAUAUAUCCAGCGACGUUUGAUAAAAGCUAUGGAGAGUGUAAUGGUAAACUAUGAUGGUACAGUGAGAAACAGUGUUAGUCAAGUGAUUCAGCUUAGGUAUGGUGAAGAUGGAUUGGCUGGAGAGUAUGUAGAGUUCCAGAAAAUGCCAACUGUUAAACUAUCAAACCGUCUAUUUGAAGACAAGUAUAGAUUUGAUGUUACCAAUGAGAGAUACCUUCGUAGGCUGUUUAACGAAGACGUUGUUCGAGAAUUGAUUGGAUCGCCCGAGGCUAUCAGUAUCCUUGAAGGAGAAUGGCAGAAACUUCAAGAAGAUCGGUUGGGACUGCGAGAUGUAUUCCCUAAAGGUGAUACCAAAGUGGUGCUACCAUGUAACUUGGAACGCAUGAUCUGGAAUGUGCAGAAGAUUUUCCACAUUAAUAAAAGAACACCAACAGAUUUAUCACCUGUUAGAGUGGUAGAGGGUGUGCGAGACAUGUUGAAUAAAUGCACCAUUGUAACAGGAGAGGAUCGCAUCAGUUUACAGGCUAAUGAAAAUGCCACGUUCUGUUUCCAGUGCUUAGUUAGGUCAACUUUGUGUACUAAGAAAGUAGCUGAAGAAUACAAAUUAACCAGUGAAUCUUUCAACUGGCUUGUUGGUGAAAUUGAGACCAGAUUCCAUCAGGCAAUUGCUGCUCCUGGAGAAAUGGUUGGGGCUUUAGCAGCCCAGUCACUUGGAGAACCUGCUACUCAGAUGACGCUGAACACUUUCCACUUUGCUGGUGUAUCAUCCAAGAAUGUAACAUUGGGUGUGCCAAGGCUGAAGGAAAUUAUCAACAUCAGUAAGAAACCCAAGGCUCCCUCCCUUACAGUGUUUUUGGUUGGAGAUUCAGCUAGGGAUGCUGAGAAAGCCAAGAAUGUGUUGUGUCGUCUGGAACACACAACUUUACGCAAGGUAACAUCCAACACUGCCAUCUACUAUGACCCAGAUCCCCAGAACACUUGUAUUACUGAGGAUCAGGAGUUUGUCAAUGUUUAUUAUGAAAUGCCUGACUUCGAUGUCUCUAGAAUCUCCCCAUGGCUUCUUCGCAUUGAGCUUGAUCGUAAAAAAAUGACAGAUAAGAAGCUGACUAUGGAACAAAUUUCUCAAAAGAUCAACUCUGGCUUUGGUGAUGAUCUUAAUUGCAUCUUUAAUGACGAUAAUGCAGAGAAGCUUGUACUCCGGAUCCGUAUUAUUGUUGGUGACGACAAAUUGGCUGAUGAUGCAGAGGAACAGGUGGACAAGAUGGAAGAUGAUACUUUCCUGCGGUGCAUUGAGGCAAAUAUGCUGAAUGACCUGACUCUGCAGGGUAUUGAAGCCAUCACCAAAGUGUACAUGCAUUUACCCCAGACUGAUGAAAAGAAGCGCAUCAUUGUAAAUGACCAGGGCGAGUUUAAGGCUAUAGCUGAGUGGCUGCUAGAGACUGAUGGAACUGCUCUCAUGAAAGUACUCUCUGAAAGAGAUGUAGAUCCUGUUCGAACCUCCUCUAAUGACAUCUUGGAAGUAUUCGAAGUCCUUGGAAUUGAAGCUGUGCGAAAAUGUAUUGAAAAGGAAAUGAAUGCUGUGCUCAUGUUCUAUGGUCUUUAUGUGAACUACCGUCAUCUUGCCUUGCUUUGUGAUGUUAUGACGAGCAAGGGUCACUUGAUGGCUAUCACACGUCAUGGAAUUAAUAGACAAGAUACUGGUGCACUAAUGAAAUGUUCAUUUGAAGAGUCUGUGGAUGUGCUGAUGGAAGCUGCAUCUUGUGCUGAAGUAGACCCUAUCCGAGGUGUUUCUGAAAACAUUAUGUUAGGACAGCUUCCCAAGAUUGGUUCUGGUUCAUUUGACUUAGUAUUAGAUGAUGCUAAGUGUAAGUUGGGUAUGGAAAUCCCCAUGCCAGGACAAGGCAUGAUGAUGGGUGGAGGAAUCUUUGGAGCAUCAUCACCAUCUUCAGGGAUGACGCCUGCCCAAACCCCUUGGGCUUCAGGAGCAACACCAUCAAUGUCACCCUAUGGUGCAUGGACCCCUGGUGUAGGUAGUGGUAUGACACCAGGUGGGCCAUCUUUCUCUCCAGCUGCAGCUAGUGAGACAACAGGCCUCUCACCAGGAUAUUCUCCAGCUUGGUCUCCACAACCUCGCAGUCCAGUGUCUCCAGGCUGCACGAGUCCAUACAUUCCAAGUCCAGCCAAUGCGCUCUCACCCUCAUACUCUCCCUCAUCACCAGCAUAUCAGCCUACAUCUCCAAGCAUGACUCCAGCUUCACCAGGAUAUUCUCCAACUUCUCCCACCUACAGUCCAACAAGCCCACAAUACUCCCCAACCUCACCGCAGUACUCUCCAACAAGUCCAUCAUAUUCUCCCACAUCACCAUCUUAUAGUCCCACCUCUCCAUCAUACUCUCCAACAUCACCAUCCUAUUCCCCAACUUCACCAUCAUAUUCUCCCACAUCACCAUCAUAUUCUCCCACAUCACCAUCUUACUCUCCCACAUCUCCAUCAUAUUCCCCUGCAAGUCAUUCUUAUUCUCCAACAUCCCCCAGCUACAGUCCCACUUCUCCCUCUUACUCUCCUACCAGUCCAUCCUAUUCGCCCACAUCACCAUCCUACUCGCCAACAUCACCCUCCUACUCGCCAACAUCUCCGAGCUAUGCCCCUAACUACUCUCCAUCUUCUCCUGGAUAUUCUCCAACAAGUCCGUCCUACUCCCCAACCAGUCCAUCUUAUUCACCCAGCUCCCCUCAGUAUUCACCAGCUUCCCCGUCCUAUUCCCCAUCGUCCCCCAAGUACUCUCCCACCAGCCCCAACUAUUCCCCAACAAGUCCCACUUACUCACCUGGCUCACCCUCGUAUUCUCCCAGCUCACCAAAAUAUUCACCUACAAGCCCAACUUAUUCACCCACUUCUCCUUCAUAUUCACCGUCCUCCCCUAAAUAUUCGCCCACAUCGCCCAAAUACUCGCCCACAUCACCCAAGUACUCUCCAACAUCUCCUACAUACAGUCCCUCUAGUCCUCAGUAUAGUCCUUCAAGUCCAAAAUAUUCCCCAACUUCUCCAACCUAUAGUCCAAGUAGCCCCAAGUAUAGCCCUACUAGCCCCACAUACAGCCCAACUACUCCAGGUUAUAGUCCAACAUCACCUUUGUACUCUCCAAGCUAUGAAGAAGAUGAAGAGGAACAAAGGAGAAAGCAGAAAAAGAAAUCAAAGCGCUAGAACUUGCAACCUAAAGAUUUUAUAUUACAUUAGUUAUUUUUGUGAAUCGAUUUCUGUAUGUAGUAAGUACAUAGGGCACUCUUUGGUUUACGUAUAAUAACAUUGAAGGUAAAUGAUUUCUCCAUAAAGGUAUUGAACUAUAUAUUUUGUACACAUUUUACAUUUUUUUUUUUAAUAAUUACCUACUGUAAGGAAAUGGGAAUCAAAGAUGGAUAAGGCCGAGAGAAAGGCCUUUAUUAUGUUAUGUUAAAUGUAUGGUAAUUCUUGUUAUUACAGUACUGUAUAUGGAA